AUGUCUUCCGACGACCCUGCACGCCCUAAAACCAUUGUGUGGAAGCGUGGGACCGCAGAAGAUAAGUUUUACGCCGAUGAGCAGAUGCGGCAUGUGGUGAACGCAAUAAAAAAUGGGGACGAGGCGCCGCUUCUUCGCUGGAUGGAUUUGUGCGAGGACAUUGACGUGAGAGAUUCCUGCGGCAACACGGCGCUUCACUGGGCCGCAUCACUGGGUAGCAUGCCUGCUGUGACACAGCUUCUCCUUGCCGGGGCUGAAGUGGAUGCGGUGAACCAUAAUGGGGCAGUUCCACUUCAUUGUGCCGCCAUUUGUGGGCACGCGGACGUUAUAGAGCAACUCCUGCGUAACGGGGCGGACGCCACCGCGGUCAACUACGAAGGGCAGACAAUGUUUGACUUGCUGCGACUUAUGGGCUGGGAAGGGGCGUCUCUUAUGCUCGAACGCCUGGAGAACGCGCUCCUUCUCGGCCCAGGCAGCGGUGAGAAUAUCAUCAUAGAUGUUUCCUUCUCCGAUGCACCGCUGUUAGGUUCCCUUGCGGCUCCGCUCCUCAUGGACGCAGGCUACUCCGAGGAAAACGUGACAGAUGUGGAGAGUCCUCUGCGUAUUCAAGGAAGAAGGCACCAUUAUGCAACCGUGGGUGCGACUAACAUCUCUGAUGAGGACCUGGUGUACAUGCAGAGGAGCGCCGAAAUAGAAUUGCUUUUUUCGCGUGAGACGGCGGAACGAAAUGAGCUGAUUGGGGAAUAUGCCCGAUGGAUGCUGCGUGUUAAGAGUAUGAUGUUGCCUGAGAACGUCGCUUCUGUUGUACGUGGACCUAGAGAGGUUGAGGUGGUCUUUGGUGAGAAGUACUCCCCGCAUGGGCCCCGCCAACUCCUGGUGCGCAUGGUGGGCGAUGCCGAGGGUGACGAGCUCUGGGUGAACGCGGAGGACGUGGCGGAUAGCCCGGCAGUGCGGGAGUACGUUGACCGCUUCAACCGAACGGUCAACACUCUGAACAAUUCGCUUGACCUCAUCGGGCUUGGUGUGCUUCACGGUGGCGAUCCAUCGGGGAAUGCUGAGCGGCAGGACCUCUCCAGCGGGCUGAAUAAGCUUUCGCAAGGCAAUGCGCAUGUUUUACCGCGUUUGCCAGUCUCCGGCACUUCAACGGCCUCGACCAAACUAAUUCCACCACUAUGGGCCCCAACUUCGGCAAAAAUUUUGUCGCAGCAGCCCGUGAAUGAGCAGAAGCUGACACGUUCCUUAAACACUCCACUGUCCAAGAUGACAGUGAGCCGUUCAUCGCAAGACUCCUCCCAUGGUGGUCCACCGCGUGGCAGUAUGUUAAGCACCUUAACAUACCAAAAUAGCAGUACGACCACCGGCACGACGCGCGACAGCAAAGACGACAAUAACCAGCACGCUGACAGAGUACUGCCCCCCAUAAUCUCGAAUAAACUUGAAUGCGCUGUUGCUGUCUCGCUCGGAGCGGAGCCCACCGUUGUUCAGUGUGCGGUGCCCACCGAAAGCAAAUUGCCUCCUAUUCGACAAUACCUCUCAGGGGAGGAGAAAAGGGCAUACGAGGCAUUUCUUCGAAUGUCCGCCUUGAGAUAUUUGGAACGCAGGAGGGGCAGAAGAUCUCAUCGUGUUGAUAUUGAGUAG